AGCUGAGUGCGGUGUUGUCAGGGGGCACCUGCUGCAAACAUUAAAGAAGCUAGAUUCAAGCGGUCUAGUAUCUAAAUGUAGUGUUGUUGAUAGUUCAUUUAUUUUACUUACACAUCAUUUGAAUAUGAUGAUCGGUCAGAGGAACAGGACGCUAUGUCGGGAAUUCACUGGACCAACGCCCCAUUCAGUUGCAGUGAGAGCAAGGUUGCCUUCCUCAAAACCUCCGGACCAUCUUAUUCUGGAGAGGAGGAAACAGGAAGCAGCACGGGACAAGAUAUUGGAGUUUACACGAAACCAAAGCACCUGCGACAUGAGAAUGCACUGGGAGAAGAAUUCCGAUCGGCAAAUUCUCUUGGGCACCAUCGAGAGACGUGUGAACAAAGCCCUGGAGAAGUAUCAGCUAAGCAUCGAGGAACGGAGAGAUAGGCUCCAUGCUUUGUUGGAGGCAGAGGAGAGAGAACUCAUGAGGGAGAUGGAGGAGAGGAAGGAGACCAUUCUGGAGAGGCAAGCAAAGAUGCGAGAGAGGGCCAAGGCACUGCGUGAGAGGAGAGAAAGUGAUCGACAGAAAGUGGUGGAAGAAAAGCUGGAGCAACUCUUCAGGGAGCGGAGCGAGGAGCUGCGGGCCAUCGAGACACGCCGGCGCCAGGAUGAGGUCUGCACCGAGAGGGCCGCCCAGAUCCGCUCGCGGGAGGAGUCGCGGCGGCGGCGGGCGGACGAGGAGCGGCUCUUCGCCCAGCUGUGGGAGAGCGACCGGCAGGCCAAGCAGGAGCGCGAGAGCCAGGAGGCGCUGCGGCAGCGCGAGAGCAACGCCGAGCAGGUGGCCUUCCUGCGCAUGCAGAGGGAGGCCGCCGAGCAGCAGAGAGCCGAGGCCAAGCGGCUGAAGGAGGAGGAGGCUCAGAUACUCCGGGAGCAGAGGGAGAUACUGCGUCUGGAGGACGAGAGGCUGCGGCGCCAGAAGCUCCAGAGCCAGGACAGCCGGCGCCGCUUGCUGGACCAGUCGCUGCGGCUGAAGAUGAAGCGCCUGGCUCAGCAGCAGCAGGACGAGCUGGCCCUGGACAUGAGCCUCCUGGAGCAGCUGCUGGCCGAGGAGAAGGACGAGAAGCAGGGAGAUGCCACCAAGAAGCUGGUGCUGCGUGAGGAGCAGAGCAGGUACCAGAGGUACUUGGCUGAGCAGCUGGAGGAGCAGCGGAGGCAGGAGGCUGAGACAGAGCAGCUGAUCGAGGCCGAGCUGCAGCUGACCUGGUCCCGCCGCGCUGAGAAGAACCGCCGGGAGAAGGAGGCCCGCGAUCGCCUCAUGAAGGACGUCAUGGACACCCGCCGCAUACAGAUCCAGCACAAACUGAAUGAGAACAUGCAAAGGCAGGCGGAGCUGGCUGAGGAGAGAGAGGAGCUGAACAGAGCCGUCCAGCAGAACAAACUGCUGGACGAGGAGGAGAAAAGACGUCUGAAAGAGGCCAGCCUGGAAUAUCAGGCAGACCUGUUGGCCCAGAUGCUUCACCAGCAGAAGGUGUGUGAGGUGGAGCAAGCCGAGGCAGACAGUGAGCACCAGAGGGGCCUGGCCUUCCAACAGGAGUAUAACAGGAAGGUCCAAGGCAUCCUCUCGAGGCCCACAUCCAACACCACCCCUGUGCACCCCUUCAGGAGAAGGGACCUCCAGCCUCUAGCUACGGUGGCCCAGCUGGAUCUUUCUAUGGCUUAGUAAAUCAGGUCACAGGCUGCAGUGGUCACAGGCUGCAGUCAGGUGGAGGUAUAUGUUUAUCAUCAAAUGGCAUUAUACAACUGAAGAAAAACAAAUAAAUGCAUAAUAGUUAUUCA